CGAGAAAAAGUUUCCAAAGCUUCCACAACGGAACUCUAAGACCAACCGAAGAAGAACCAACCAACCACCCAAGCCCCCGGGGCUCUUCUUUGCCAUCGAUCCGGCGACCGCCUUCGUUUUCUUCCUCUUCCCCAGGAUAUCAAAAUUUUUACGUGUCACAUUGUAUCGGCAAACCCGAGCAAUCUUGAUAUACAAGGAGAAGAAGAUCUCAAGAAUCUCAAUCUUUAUGGAACAGCUCAUCAAUUUCAUCAUUCGCCCCCCGAGAGCUGAAUACAACCCAAAUAAUGAUUUAUUGGAUGAAGAAUUCAUGCUAAAAGGGAAAUGGUACCAGAGGAAGGAUGUGCAGAUGAUGACAAUGACGAUGAGUAUAUGAUCCUGUUGAAGUGAAAUUUAAAGUCCUUCCAUCUGAACUAUUUGCAUUUGAGGACUCCAAUGAACUUUCAUAGCAGUCCGGAUGGAUAACCUGGGAGAGCAAUCAUAACGUCAAUCUGAUUUAUCAAUAUAGGAACCCUGAUUUUUCAUUGUUCUAAACAGCCGAGGAGAUGUUCUUCAGUGCAGUCAUUACAUGCCUUGUGUUCCUUCAGAAGGAGAGCCUUUCCCUUGUGUAAUAUACUGCCAUGGCAACAGUGGGUGCAGGGUAGAUGCCAGUGAAGCUGCUUUAAUGUUAUUGCCUUCAAACAUUACAGUUUUCUCCCUUGAUUUCUCUGGUUCUGGACUCUCUGGAGGAGAGUACGUCACUCUUGGAUGGAAUGAAAAGGAUGAUCUCAAAGCUGUUGUUGACUACUUGAGGGCUGAUGGGAAUGUUUCCUUGAUUGGUUUGUGGGGCCGCUCAAUGGGUGCUGUCACUAGCUUAAUGUAUGGAGCUGAAGAUCCUUCAAUUGCAGGAAUGGUUCUCGACAGCCCCUUCUCUGAUUUGGUUGACUUGAUGAUGGAACUUGUGGAUACAUAUAAAUAUCGUUUCCCUAGAUUCACUGUGAAGUUUGCAAUUCACUACAUGCGAAGAGCAAUUCUCAAGAAGGCCAAAUUUGAUAUAAUGGCCCUGAACACCAUCAAGGUGGCAAAUUGCUGCUUUGUUCCAGUUUUAUUUGGGCAUGGUGCUGAUGAUGAUUUUAUACAGCCUCAUCAUUCGGAACGGAUAUUUGAUGCUUAUACGGGCGACAAGAAUAUCAUUAAAUUUGAAGGAGAUCACAACUCGGCACGGCCACAAUUCUAUUUUGAUUCUAUCAACAUUUUCUUUCACAAUGUUUUGCAACCUCCGAAGGUUGAAGUGGGAGAUGCUUUUCUUGAUACAACACUUGGUUACCUCAGCAAUGAUAAUUACAGAACCUUGUGUCAAGUAGAAGAUGCAGACGAUGAUUUUUUCACAGCAUCCAUUUAUCCAACAGCAAGCACCAUAGAAAAUAUGCAUAAGCUCCUUCAUGCCAAAAGAUAUACAAGUCAUGUAGAGGAAGAAGGAUCGAGGACUAAGCCAGUCCCAUCAACGUCCAACAUGAUUAGCUUUGAAUUUUCUGACUAUCGUCCUUCUGCCCCCCAUGUUUCAACCUCAGUAGUUGAUGAUGACAAUGACGAUGACUAUGUUGAAUACCAGUUUGGUGAUUUUGCAGAUUUCCCUUCCAGUAUGGAAGAAGAAGAAAGUAUGCUCAUAGAAGCAAUGAUGGAAUCGUUGAAAGACUCGAAUACUGCACAUCCAAACACUGAAGAACCGCAAUCUAGCAGCAAAAGUGGUCAACUGUCCUCAAGUACAGAAUCCACAACCACAUCAGCAGCCGCCAAUGCGAGCAACUUGGCUUCUGAACUCCCAUCUCCAGGCAAAACUACAUUGUCUACAACACCUUCACUGGGCACUGCUCCAUCUGGUCACAGUGAUACUAAUUCUUGCAUAAAGAGUUCAUCGAGUGCUGGCAUGUCUGAUUGUACAACAGCCACGGUAACAGUUACAAAGAACCCAACAAACAAUUUCAUCGAUGCUUUUAUGCGAUGUUGGCGUUGAAGUCGAUAACAUUGGUGUUGAAGUCUGUCAAUCUCUUUUGUUGUUAAAAAAAAAAUAAAGGCUGGAAUUCUGGUGGUGUGAUAUAGUUGAGAUAUAGUAAACUACAAAAAAGGAGAGGAGAUUGCUGUGAAUGUCUCUUGUGUGUAUAUCUUUGUUUUGAGGCUGUUCUUUUGCCUCAUUUUGUGAUAAUGUUAUGUGCAGUUGCUUCAGGGAGAAAUGUGAAAAUGAGUGAGUAUAUAUGAGAUGGAACAAUCUGUGUUCAUUGUUGGAGAAACAUGUUAUUAUCAAAUUUAGUAAAAAUCAAUGAU